AUGUCCCUUUGGUGGCUCUGUAAUCUAAUCCGUUUGCAGCAGCUGACAAGAAUAAUAAGCACAUGGGCACCACUACUAAUCUAUUCAGCCACAUGGGUCACCCUACUAACCUUAACUGUGGCAGUGGCUUCUUUGUCCCCUGAAGUGGCUUUUGUCUCUGCCAUAUCUCCUUCUUCUUCAUUCUCCCAAAAGUGCACCAAUAAUAAUAACAUCAAACCUAUUAUUCAUAAUAAUAAUGUUGAAGGGUCCACUAACAUUAGAGUCCCUUUGGAUUUUCCAGGAGACACGCUUUGUUUCCCAGUUGAGCUUUUCUUCAAGUCUAGAAUUGAUCUCAUUGUUCCGCCAAUCUUUGCGGCGGUUGUUGUUGCUGCUUCUGCUUUCGUCGUUCUUGCUUUGGGCUUGUGGGAGCAUGAUCAACAUUAAUGUUUUUCGAUAAUUAUUCAGCAGAUCAAGGUUUGGAAAUUGAGUUGAUCAACUUGUUGCUGAAGUCCCAGAGUUUUCUUCCUAAGAGUUCGUUUGAGGCAAAUGCACUUGGUUGGAAUUCAUUGCAAUCCAGAAAGUACUUCCCACUCACACCUUUCACGCUUGGAUGCAGAGCAACGUAGCAUGUUGUGGCUGCUCCCUGCACACAACACCAAAAUUAUUAAUUAAUUUAGAAAACAAAAAAUUAUUGUUAUCUCUAUAUUAUUUUGGGCAAGUAGUGCACUGGAAUUUACCUGUGGAACGCUUUUCCAUAUGAAAAAUGUGAACAUCUUCAGAAAAUCUGCAACAAAGUUAUACUGUUGUCAUAGAGAAAUAACUUAAGUAAACUACUAAUUAUUUUGCGGGCGAGAAUUAGCAGCUUCUUUUUUAAGAUGUGUAUUGAAAUAAUUAUGUACUUUAAUCAAACUGUGUUUUUCUCUAUUUUUGGUUUGGGUAAUGUUAGGGAGACAAAAAAAAAAAAAACAGGCAGAACUUUAAGAUAUGUAUUGAAAUAUUUUACACCUAGCUAGAAAUACCAUCUUAGACAAUGAAAUUCUACGCAAUAU